UGUUCGCAGCCGCCGCCGCGCCACCGUCGCUCGCUAACGCCAGCGCCGCCUCUAGCUCGCCGAGCUCCAGCCCAAGGAGAAGAGGGGUAAGUAAGGGAGUUUCUGUACCAUGGCUCGUACAAAGCGGACUGCCCGCAAAUCGACCGGUGGUAGAGCACCGAGGAAGCAACUGGCUACAAAAGCCGCUCGCAAGAGUGUGCCCUCUACUGGAGGGGUGAAGAAACCUCAUCGUUACAAGCCUGGUACUGUGGCCCUCCGUGAAAUUAGACGUUAUCAGAAGUCCACCGAACUUCUGAUCUGCAAACUUCCUUUCCAGCGUCUGUUGCGAGAAAUUGCUCAGGACUUCAAAACAGAUCUGCGCUUCCAGAGCGCGGCUAUUGGUGUUUUGCAGGAAGCAAGCGAGGCCUAUCUGGUUGGCCUCUUUGAAGGCACCAACCUGUGUGCUAUCCAUGACAAACGUGUCACAAUUAUGCCAAAAGACAUCCAGCUAGCACGCCGCAUACGUGGAGAACGUGCUUAAGAAUCCACUAUGAUGGAAAACAUUUCAUUCUUUAAAAAAAAAAA